AUGGCCAUGAAAACAUCUUUCUCCCACUCUCUUCUGCUUGUAUUGGCAGUCUUUCUUUCUUCCAGUGCAGUUGCAACAUCCACCUUCGGAGAAGCAGAUGCUCUAAUGAAAUGGAAAGACAGCCUCCUGCAGUCACAAUCUCUCCAUUCAUGGUUUCUUCCUUCUACUAAUGCUAGUACCAUGACAAUCUCACCAUGCAAAUGGAUUGGGAUCUCCUGCAACAGCCUCGGAAGCGUGACAGAGAUAAGCUUACCCAAUGCCGGCUUGUUAGGUAAGCUAGAUAACUUGAGCUUCCCCUCAUUUCCAAAUCUCCUCCAUCUUAAUCUCAGUGGCAAUGCCAUCACUGGAAACAUCCCAGCUCAUAUCAGCUCUCUUUCAAAACUUUCCUCCCUUGAUCUCUCCAUGAAUUCUCUCUCUGGCAUUUUACCUCUUUCACUGUCUAACCUCACUAACAUUUCAGAGAUUGACAUUUCAUCAAAUGAAAUGAUAGGUGAACUAGUUCCAAGUUUCUUCACCAACUGGACCAAACUCAUCUCCCUUCAGUUCCAGAACAAUCAACUCACUGGGAAAAUUCCAUCUCAAAUCGGCCUGCUUAAACAUCUCCAGAUCCUAAGCCUUUGGGGAAAUAAAAUCAGUGGUUCAAUACCUCUUGAAAUAGGGAAUCUGCACAAUCUGACUUCGUUAAUUUUAUGCAAAAACUAUCUUACCGGGCCAAUUCCUCCAUCAUUAGGUGACUUGACCAGGCUCACGAUCCUCUGCCUCUUUGACAAUCAAAUUUCUGGUUCAAUUCCCACACAAUUUGGGAAUCUCAAGAAUUUGGUUGAGUUGGUGUUGUACAAUAACAAUUUAACUGGUCCAAUCCCUCCCGCUUUAGGUAAUUUGAGAAACCUUACACUUUUGUACCUCUACAACAAUCAAUUUUCUGGUUCAAUUCCCACACAAUUAGGGAAUCUAAAGAAUUUGGUUGAGCUGGCACUGUCCAAUAACAGUCUAACUGGUCCAAUCCCUCCUACUUCAGGUAAUUUGAGAAACCUUAAAUUCUUGUACCUCGACAGCAAUCAAAUUUCUGGUUCAAUUCCUCCAGAAGUUGGGAAUUUAAUCAAACUCAACGAGCUAAGCCUGUAUAAUAACCUUCUAAAAGGUUCUAUCCCUACCACUUUCGGAAAUUUGACCAGCCUUGUUAUUUUGUCCCUUGGUUACAAUCAAUUAUCUGGUUCCUUGCCUCAAGAAAUGACAAACAUGACAAAUCUUUCUGCACUCUACCUGGGCGGCAACAACUUCUCUGGGUAUUUACCACAGUUAUGCCAGGGUGGAUCUCUUAAAGCAUUCACAGCUUUUGACAACCAUUUCAUUGGUGAGAUCCCGAAAAGCAUCGGAAAUUGCACUAGAUUAACUAGAGUGCGGCUUGAAGGAAACCAGCUCACUGGAAAUGUAUCGGAAGCCUUCGGUGUAUAUCCACAUCUCACAUUCAUUGAUGUUAGCAACAACAGGUUGUUUGGUGAACUCUCACCAAACUGGGGAGAAUGGCAAAACUUGACAAUGCUUCAAUUCUCUGGGAACAUGAUCACUGGUACAAUUCCUCCUGAGAUUGGGCAGUUGACGCAGCUAGGAGUGCUUGGUCUUUCUUCAAACUAUCUGGUAGGGGAGAUUCCAAAGGAACUGGGGAGGCUGACUUCUUUGUUCAACUUAAGUUUAAAUGAUAACCAGCUUUCUGGUCCGGUGCCACAAGAAAUUGGAAAACUAUCCAAUUUGGAGCAUUCCAUUCCAAAUUGGCAAUCUGAUACACUUACAGUUGCAUUAGACCUUAGCCAUAACUCGCUAAAUGGAGAGAUAUCACCACAACUUGGGAAAUUGCAAAUGCUGGAAAUGUUAAACCUCUCCCACAACAUGUUGUCUGGCUCAAUUCCGAAAUCUUUUGAAGACAUUGUGGAAGUAACAGAGAGUUUUGACGACAUAUACUGCAUCGGAAUUGGAGGGUAUGGGAAAGUUUAUAAAGCAAAUCUCCAAACAGGCCAGGUAGUAGCUGUGAAGAAACUUCACUCACUCGAAGGUGGGGAACAAUUUGAUCAAAGAAGUUUUAGAAAUGAAGUACGAGUAUUAAGAGAAGUCCGUUAUCGCAACAUUGUGAAGCUUUAUGGCUUUUGUUCCCAUGCUCGAUGCUCAUUUCUAGUUUAUGAAUACAUGGAAAGGGAAAGUUUGGCAAGCAUCCUAAGCAAUGACGAAGGAGCAAUACAGUUGGAUUGGACUACUAGGGUGAAGGUUAUUAAAGGUGUGGCCCAUGCUUUAUCUUACAUGCACCAUGAUUGCACCCCGCCAAUUGUCCAUCGAGACCUAUCAAGCAACAAUGUUCUGUUGAAUUCGGAACUUGAGGCUAGUGUCUCUGACUUCGGCAUUGCACGGUUGUUGAUACCUGAUUCAUCCAAUUGGACUACGCUUGCAGGAACUUACGGAUACAUUGCUCCAGAGCUUGCAUAUACCAUGAGGGUGACUGAAAAAUGCGACGUAUACAGCUUUGGUGUUGUGGCAAUUGAAGUGAUGAUGGGAAGGCAUCCUGGGGAGCUCAUCUCCUCUUUAACGUCACCUAAUAGACAAGACAAACUGCUGAAGGAUACAUUGGACCAACGUCUCUUGGAUCCGAUGGUUGAGGUUGAACAGGAAGUUGUAUUUACGGUGUCCAUGGCACUUGCUUGCAUUAAGUCAAAUCCAGACUCUCGGCCAACCAUGCAUCACGUGGCUCAGGAGCUAUCUGUUGGUGGGCCUUCUUUCUCUCUAGAACCAUUCAAUGCACUUACAUUAUGUCAACUGAUGGAUCUGAAGGUAUAAUUGAGUGGAUGAAAAUCCCUCAGGUUGUGGGUGUGUAGUGUCAAGAACAUUAUUAUUAUGUGUGUAUAUUGUGUAAAAAUCAUCAAGAACAGAGAUGGUAUUUUCCCUAUUAUGCUAUGUACAUAGUUCAGUGGGUGGGGUCGAUGUUUAUCUAAAAUGUCGAUUGCUAGUAUUGGUUAUCAAAAUAAAAUGUAAUAAAUGUAGGUUGAAAAAAUAAAGAUGUUUCCUUGUGGCGUGCUUAUU